CAAUCGUCUGCAUUAAGUCAGCUGACUAUUGGAGUCGUCAUCGUUUUUGUUUGUUUUAUGAAUGUUGGUCUGAAUUUACAAUAAAUUUACUACAGUACGUAGCUAAUUUGAAAUACCGGUGAGUGGGAAAGCCAACUCAAGUAGAUACAAUGGUAUCUAAAUCAUGAAGUACUUCAUAAGUGGACAGAAAAGAUACAACAGCAACCAUGCGCAACCGAGCUCCUGAGAUUGUAAUUUGCCUGGUGGUGCUGUUGUCAGUGGCUAUCAUCUAUGCCAUCACCCAACUGCUCCACUGGCUCGUCGGAGACGAUGAGCCAGUACCUGAAAGCUUCAAAGCCAGUUGGCUCUUCUCCCUGUCACUCAACAUUCUUGGUUAUGCCACCAUCCUGCUACCUGGUGUCAUCAUUUACAAAUAUGUCAAAGCCAGUAAAUACUUGGAUCGAGCAGUUCCAGGAUGUUUCCCAAUUGUGGUGAGGUCAUGUUUCGCUGGGACUGACAAAGACGUACUGCUGGGCACUGAUGUCCCUUCCACUCCCUCCUCUAGUGCCGUCCGAACUCUCAAGCAAGAUGCGUUAUUACUUAUAAUUUGCUUUGUCGGUCUUCAAGGUUCCUAUUUAACUUGGGGCUUGCUACAAGAAAAAGUCAUGACUCAGGAGUACAUAAACUCAGCAGGCCAGAGUGGACACUUCAAGGACUCACAGUUUCUGGUGUUCGUGAAUCGUAUCCUGGCAUUCGCCCUGGCAGGUGUGUACAUCACUGUGACUCGACAGCCUCGUCACACCAUGCCGCUCUACAAGUACAUCUACUGCUCCUUUUCCAACAUCAUGAGUUCCUGGUGCCAAUAUGAAGCCCUCAAGUUUGUCAGUUUUCCUACACAGGUGCUAUCCAAAGCCUCAAAGAUCAUUCCUGUUAUGAUAAUGGGGAAAAUAGUUUCCAGAGAGAAAUAUGAAUACUAUGAGUACGUCACUGCUGGAUUUAUUUCUUUGGGAAUGGCAUUCUUUCUUUUUGGGAGUUCUGACAAUCAGAGAGAAACAGUGACAACUUUCUCGGGAAUGAUUCUGCUGGGAGCGUACAUAGUGUUUGACAGCUUCACAUCAAAUUGGCAGAGUGCGCUGUUCAAACAGUAUUCCAUGAGCUCAGUCCAGAUGAUGUGUGGUGUGAACCUCUUCUCUUGCGUCUUCACCGCUACUUCGCUUGCACAACAGAGUGGCUUCAUUCACUCCUUGCAGUUCAUGUCUAAGUUCCCCAUGUUCACUGUGGAUUGUAUACUGCUGUCCAUUAGUUCUGCAGCUGGCCAGCUGUUUAUAUUUUACACUAUUGCUACUUUUGGACCUGUGGUGUUUGUUAUCAUCAUGACUAUUCGUCAGGGAUUUGCAAUUUUGCUGUCAUGCAUCAUAUAUCAACACUCCAUCAGCUUCAUGGGUGUGUUGGGCGUGUUGGUGGUGUUCGCUGCAGUCUUCCUUAGGAUCUAUUGUAAUCAAAGAAUAAAAGCGCACAAAAGACGACUGCAGUCUUCUGCUGGGUCAAAAAUUUAGAUCAAAAUAAUAUUGUAUCUUUGAGAAAUCUGUAAGAAAUCCCAUCCCAGUCAUCCAUAUAUGCCAGUGAAGUUCAACUAUUACAUUGCUUUGCUUCCUGUAAUCCAACAAGGAAGCACAGUAAAUUUGAAAGUAAACAAAUGAAUAUAAACUAAUGCAGUUAUUUGCAUUUACAUAAAAUCAACAAAUACUUAAUCUAUGCAUAAUUACUAGUUAUAAUUAUAUUUAUUUAUUUAAAAUGUGUGUUAGGUUCCUUUGUACAAGAUAAGCUGCCAGGAGAACUUUUAGGGAUUUAUUCACUAAAGUCAAACUGAUUAUAACUUAGUACAACAGAAAAAUUAUUAUAUUUGAAUGUAAUUAAAUUACUUAUGUUUAACUCCUCUUAUUGGGUUAUAAAUGAAAUUGAUUCAGUUCCUACGUACUUGAGAACAUUAUAACUUACUGAAAUAUAAACUGAGUUCAGUCGUAUGCCACAGUAAAAUUAGAAUUAGAGGCAUAAUGGAAAUUCUAAAAUAUUUCACAAAGUACAGUAUAAACAAUAGUAAAAUACUUGUUUCCAAUUUACCUGUACAAACAUUGUUUUAUUUGUGAAGCAAUAAUUAAGUGCAUUACACUAAAAGCUGGCUUCCAAUUUGGUACUUAAUUAGUAGGACAAUCAAUGCCAUGUGUUUUUAAUGGACAAUGUAACAUUUAGCCUACUAGUAAAAUUAAGAAUUUUCUUUUUUUAAUAUAAUUAGGUAAAAGUGUAUUACUAUAGUACAUCUAAUCCUCUCACUCUAUAAUUUUAACUUAAUCCAACACACUUUCUCUGUGAAAGCUUGCAAUUAUUAUAAUUAAAUUUUUUUAAUUAAUUCUUGGAUUAGACUGGGAAAUCUCUCUCAGAAGGAGAGUGUUUUUAUUUGAUCAAACCAAGAUGCUGUGAUGUCUCAACUGUAUUGCUACCAGCACAAUACCAUAUCUGAUCAUAGUUGUGCUGUUUUAUUUUGAAUUUUAUACACAGUUUGUAUUUUGUGGCUUAAAGUGUUAGACAUUGAAAGUAUUUUUUACUUGGCCAUAUACUUAACAUAAGUGACAAGUGAUAGUCCAUUAAUGCUAUUCUAGUUUACUGUAGAAUUGUGUCUAGAAUAAUAAAAUUGCCAAUUGUCAUAGACUAAGCAAUUAUGUACCGCUGUGUCUUGUGCCAGGAAUUGGUGUUGUGAUUCAUUAUGUUAGGAUGUUUACCAAAGAAAAUAUAUAUUAGUUAUACAUAA